AUGGACCCAUCCGUGAGACGGGAUCCGGAGCUGGAGGGUUCCGCGGAGAGCGCGCGGCCGGAGCCUGCGCCUGCCAGGCCUCGUCCGCGUCUUCUUGCGCACCCCUCCGCGAGCGAGCCCGUCCGCCGCUUCGAGCGGGUGCUAACUCUUCCCCAUCGGCCAGCCGCGCGCCCCACCUCGCUGGAGUAUUCGCGGGCGCCUGUAUGUGUUGCGUCGAACCGCCCGGACAGUCAGCCGCGGCAGGAGCGCAGGCGCUCGCCUCCACGUCAGCCUCCUCAGCAGCCCUCUCCCCGCCGCCCUUCUCCUGAGCAUCGCGAACAUUAUCAGCGCAGGGAGGGGGAUCAGCGAUCCCGUGCGCGUACUCGCUCCCCUCGCCGCCCAUCCCCUCGUGGUCGGGCAGGCCAGCGCUCACCCCGAGCGCGAUCCCCCGCGCAACGCUCUCCGCGGCGAUCUCUGGCGACGCGGGGUAGGGGAUCGCCUGGGCGUCGCUGGGAUUCGGGUCGCUGCGAGCAGUCCCCCCCGCGUCCACAUUCGGCUGGUUCCGGGGGUCGGCGGGGCCGGCGGAAUGGCGGAGGGCGAGGCGGGAAUGGCUGCCAGCCAGAUCCUGCCCUCAAUCGCGCCGCGAACACGUUCGUGGAGGUGGUGAGGCAGGCCCGGGCGAGUGGGGCGCCGACUCACGUCCACAUUGAGGUGACCAACGGUCCCCCCUUCGCCGCGGACCCCGGCCAGGUUGCUCCUCUGCGCGCGCCGACUCUGCGCGAAUAUCUGCCCGCGCGUGAGGGGAGGGCUCAGUUCCACACCCCUCGUCAGGUACCCGGCUUCUCCGCGCCGCGCUUAACUGUUGGCCGGACUCCCGGCUGGCCGACGGCGUUUCCGCGCAAAGCGCUGACUGCACCUCCCCCCACUCGCGCGGGGAGAGACCCCAUGCUGACCAUGUGCCGGAUUCUGAAUCUGGCGGAGGCGUGCGAGGUGGUGGUGAACUUGCAGCUGGCGGUGUGUGGGGCCACGCGGAACUUUCCAAGCAGUUUCGGCCCAGGAUCCCGAGAGGCUGCUCGAGCCGGGACCCCCUUGGACACGCUCCAGUCGUCGGCGCAUCUCCUUCUUGCAGUAUCGGCGUGCAUGCGCUCGAUGCUUGAGGUGGAGGGGGUGGAGCCGUACACGAUGUAG